AACAUCCUGGCUCUGAUCGUAUUCUUGAAAACUGGCAUUGGUGAUGGCAUCUCGGUAUCUUUCUUCUCAAUCACAGUUUCUGACCUGAUUUGUCUUGCGACGUUUCUGGUCGCCACGCUGUUGGGGCUGCUGGACCUCACCUUCCAGGUCAAGCCUUACGUCAGCCUGUACUGGGUCAGUUAUGUUCUACCUUUUUACGGCCUCAUGUUCUACAACAUUUCGACGCUCCUAACCCUGUUUCUGGCCGUUCAGAAAUGCUGCUGCGUCGCCAUGCCGAUAAAAUUUAAAAAUCAGUUUUCCAGAAGUCGUUGCCUCGCCGUCUCUGUUGGUAUCUACGGCGCGACCAUGGUUACGUUCAUUCCGUUCACCGUCAGCGCGCUACCACUCCAACCCGGCUUUGACAUCGCAACCAACUCUACGCGCCUCGUGUUUUGUUUCUCGCCAUUCUUCCUCAACCAGGUAUUCCCGGUGCUGAAAGGUAUUAGUUACAUAUCCAUACCGAUCGUUUCAGAAUUCACGGUUCUUCUUUGCACUAUUUUACUGACAGUUAAACUGAAUCAGUCUUUGAGGUUUAGAAAUCGGGCACACACCGCAACCACUACGGUACUUAAGGAUGAAAUAUUCUCAACAAAGACGCAUUUAUCACCAAUUGAGUCAAUUCCCGAUGUCUUGCUCAAAAGCCGUGAAGACCAGCCAAGUAAUGGAAAACCACAACUAGGGACACUGAAAAAACUUAAUGGAAAUACUUUUAGCACUUCUUCCUGCACGCCUGAAGCCAUGGACGGCUUUUCAGUGGAGAACGUGUCUCACAGACCAUCAAAUGAAGUCAAGGAAACUAUUCGGAGGAAGACCAACAAAUCGCGCGCUUUCAAGAAAGAGCUCCGCCUGACCCAGGCCGUCAAUGUCGUGGCUUUUAUCUUCGUGGUCCUCAACAGCCCGAACAUUGGGAUAUUUUUCACCAGUCUCGUGCUGCCCCAGUUCUCGGGGAUCGGAAAGUACGGCAACACGUACGCGGUGUGCCUGGAGAUCAACGACCUGUUGAACGUCAUCAACAUGUCAGUGAACCUGUUCGUCUACCUGAAGUUUAACUCAAGGUUCAAGCAGACAUUCGUCACAACGUUC